AUGUAUCUUAAUCAAUCACGAUAUAAUAUUAUGGUGUGUAAUCGUCGUCCAGUUAAUAGUUUAUAUUUAGUUAUUAUUAAAUAUGAAUGUGAUGAAAAACGUUCAAAUUGUAUUCGUCAAGAACUAAUACGUGAAUUUGAUGGUAUAGAAAAUGAUUCAAUACCAACAAUUGAAGUUCAUUCACGACCUUCACAAAUUAUAUUUAAUCAUAUACAUAAUGGUUUAUUUGGUUUAUCAUUAGAUGAACAUCUAUGGACACUUUAUGAUAAUGAAAAUAAAAAAUAUAUUUAUACAAAUGAUAAUAAACAUUAUUCAGAACAUUUUGUAGAAAUGAUUAAUGAUCUACGAAUCAUUUUUAUUGCAUUAAUUAAUUGUUUAAGAGAACGUAAUGAUGUUGAUUUGCUUAAUAUAUUUAAUAAUGAAAUAUAA